GAGCCGGGUCACGGCACCACCACCACCACCACCACCACCACUUGGCUGGGUUACUGAAGACCUGUGGAGCUGAUGUAUGAUGUGGUGUGAGAGAGAAGUUUCUACACCUUGUCGUCAGUGUUUGUGGAGUAAACGUUUGCUCUGAUUCUUCAGACUGUCCUCCUCUUGGACUGGAGAGCCUAAAAAUCGACGACUUCCAGCUCCACGCCUCCAGCAUGCAGCGUUACGGUCUGGGAGCUCACCGCGGCCGUCUCAACAUCCAGGCUGGUCUCUAUGAGGACGAACUGUACGAUGCAGCUUGGUGUGCAGGCAGAAAUGACCCACUGCAGUGGCUUGAGGUCGACGCCAGGAGACUCACCAAAUUCACUGGAGUCAUAACACAGGGCAGGAGCUCACACUGGUCGAGUGACUGGGUGACUUCGUACCGAGUCAUGGUCAGCAACGACUCACACACCUGGGUGACGCUGAAGAACGGCUCCAGAGACCUGCUGUUCUUUGGCAAUAAAGAGAAGGAGAUCCCUGUGCUGAACAAAUUACCCAGGCCUGUGGUGGCACGCUACAUCCGGAUCAACCCGCGGUCCUGGUUCAUCCACGGCAGCAUCUGUAUGAGGGCAGAGAUACUGGGAUGCCCCUUACCAGAUCCUAAUAAUUAUUAUCACCGUCGUAACGAAAUCACCACCACAGACAAACUGGACUUCAGACACCACAACUACAAGGAGAUGAGGCAGUUAAUGAAGGUGGUGAAUGAAAUGUGUCCAAAUAUAACUCGGAUUUAUAACAUCGGGAAGAGCUACAGCGGGCAGAAACUCUACGCUAUAGAGAUAACAGAUAACCCAGGAGAACAUGAGCUGGGUGAGCCAGAGUUUCGUUACACAGCAGGUUCCCAUGGAAACGAGGUGCUGGGGCGUGAACUUCUCCUCUUGUUAAUGCAGUUCUUAUGUGUGGAGUAUCGCUCCGGUAACCGACGGAUACGACACCUGGUUCAUGAGACGCGCAUCCAUCUACUGCCGUCUGUUAACCCGGACGGAUAUGACAAGGCCGCGGAGGCUGGCUCUGAGCUGAGUGGUUGGUCUCUAGGCCGAUGGAGUCAGGAUGGAAUCGACAUCCACCAUAACUUCCCCGACCUCAACAGGAUCCUGUGGGAUGCCGAGUCUCGGCAGUGGGUUCCACGCAAGUUCCACAACCACCACGUCCCCAUUCCUGAGUGGUACACGUCCAAAAAUGCCACGGUUGCCAUGGAAACGCGGGCGCUUCUGGGAUGGAUGGAUAAGAUCCCCUUCGUUUUAGGAGGAAAUCUUCAAGGCGGCGAGUUGGUCGUGACUUUCCCUUACGACAGGACUCGACUCUCCGGAGUUCUGAAGGAGGCCACGCCCACUCCGGACGACCCGGUGUUCCGCUGGCUGGCGUUCUCGUACGCCUCCACACACCGGCUCAUGACAGCUCCGACGCGCAGGGUGUGUCACACACACGACUUCGCCAAAGAGGACGGGACCAUCAACGGGGCGUCCUGGCACACGGCGGCAGGAAGUAUGAAUGAUUUCAGCUACCUCCACACCAACUGCUUUGAGCUGUCCAUGUACGUGGGCUGUGACAAGUUUCCUCACGAGAGCGAGCUGCCCGAGGAGUGGGAGAACAACCGUGAGUCUCUGCUGGUGUUUAUGGAGCAGGUUCAUCGGGGUAUAAAGGGAGCGGUGAGGGACAUGCAGGGGAAAGGUAUCGCCAACGCCAUAGUCAGUGUGGAGGGCAUCAACCACGACGUCCGUACAGCUGCUGAUGGAGAUUACUGGCGUUUGCUGAACCCGGGUGAGUACAGCGUGACGGUGCGAGCCGAAGGCUACAGUCUCGCCCGGAAAGUGUGUGAAGUCGGCUACGACAUGGGAGCCACACAGUGCGACUUCCGACUCGCUCGCUCCAACCUGUCACGCAUUAAAGAAAUCAUGGAGAAGUUCAACAAGCAGCCCAUCAACAUGAGACGACCUCAACAGAGACGCCCGGGGACAUAGAGGACACUGCGAGAGGGAGACCGGGUGUGUGCUGGACAUCCUGGACUGUUUCAGACUGUACGAGGUCAGAGAGAGACAGAGAGAGAGACAGAGAGAGAGAGAGAGAGAGAGAGAGAGAGAGAGAGAGAGAGAGAGAAAGAGAGAGAGAGAGAUCAUGUAAUCAGAUAGAGUAGGGCCACUUGGUUCUGUAGAAAAGUGUUUUUUUUGUAUUUUCAGGCUGUAAAUGAGCUUCAACACGAAGCUACAGAGAGAGCAAAGUGUUAUUCUAUGAAGCCGUGAAGGUUUUAUUCAGAAUUAAUAUAAUUACAGAACGCAUGAACAGAGAUAUUAGAGAAUCUGGCAUGAAAAUAAACCUAUCAGCAUUACUAUCAGUUUAAAGCAUGUCUUUCUGCAUUUAUUUUCACAAUACACCAAACUGAAGAAUAAAACCAUCCUGAAGUGGAUUAUUUUCCUACAACA